GAGGGGCCGUGCAGAGACUUCCGGUUUGGUCGCUGCAGCUAUGGCGACAACUGCAAGUUCUCACACGACCAGGAGAAGCAGGGGGUGCGGGAGGAGGCGGUCCCACUCUCCUGGCCGGACCGUCCCAGCAUGCGUGUGAUCACAGUCCCCGCCUCCCGGCGCUAUGCAGCUCCGGUGAAGCACGAUGACGUAAUCGUAGUUCCCGAGUUCUUCUGCAAAGAGGAGGACUGGGACACCUACUACACUCUUAUCAAGGAGAUGCGCGCGAGCCAGGCAAACGGCGAACGCAAGGCGGAGUGGAUUCCUUGGCACGAAGGGGCCCACCUGCUAAGUCAGAAUCCGACGGGCUCGGCAACGUACACCAAGGUGGUGCAGCGAAUGUGUGAAUACUUCAAGGCGGCGGAGGGUAACCGUGGCACCCGAUUCAAUUGGUACCGGGACGGUUCUGACUGGAAGCCUUUCCACCAUGACUCCGCUGCCUUCAACGAAGCACGUGCGGCCAACCAGAACUGUACCGUCGGCAUCUCCUUUGGAGCUUCCCGGGAGCUGGCCUUCCGGCAUGCCAAAACGGGCGAGCUGAUCUAUUUCCCGCAGAAGAACGGCAUGCUGUUUUACUUUGGGCGCGAUGCGAACAUCAUCUGGCAGCAUGGCAUCAAUGCCUUGCCGGACCCGGAGCAGGAUGGAAAGGGCCGCAUCUCCAUCAUUUGCUGGUGCCUAUGCCAGCUUGGUGUGGAAGAGAAAGGGUCGCCAGGCAUGCUCACGGACGAGUCCCGGGGCAGUUUCAGCAUGCACGGCAAGGGCAAAGGUAAGGGCAAAGGAAAAGGAGAUGGAGUUUGCCGCGACUACCAGAGGGGAUCGUGCUCCUACGGCGACAAGUGCAGAUUCCUGCACAGGAGCUAG